UUACUUGCGUCGUCUAUGAUAAAAUUUAAAUUAUAAUUUUCUUUUGUUUAUGUUUAUCAUAUUCGAGGAAAUCGAGAAGGAAUCCGCGAUUAUACGUGGAGGAAAUUCAUGGAUUAAUUUUUCAUAACCAACCCCUCACUGAUUUGACUUCCACACCUCUCUUCUUGCGCCUUCUUACUGUUUUUGGCUCGUACGCAGCUCGAUUUGGCAAUAUUUCCUCCUCAAGAAUCCGAGCACGACACCUCUCGAGCCAUCUACUGCUUAAUCAUUAUCUGGGUACUUCCUAAACUGCUUAAUUAAUGGCUGAUGAUUCAAUCCCAUUCCGAAUAAGGCAUUUCUGCUCGAUAUGGCGGGGAUGCUGUUUCUCCCUCCUGUUACAUUCAUUUUCAUUUUUCAGUUUGAGGGUUUCUUUCGGAAGCCGUGAUUGAAUCUCAAUAUGAUUUGUAUGUUUUUUAGUUCUACGAAGAUGCAUCUGAUAUGGACUUUGUUCAUCGUUUUACUAAUUUUAAUCGCUAUAAUUUUUCUGGGUUGGACUGGUUGUAAAUCAUAAUCUAGCUGGAUUAGGAGAAUGUUAUAAAUUUGAUCGGCUUCCUGAAUUUUAGCGCAGUGGUGCUUUGGUUGACGAGUUGAACCAGCCAUUUAAGUUCUUCCUUGAAAAUCUUCAAAUUCCACCAUUGGUUGCCAUUCCAAAUCCCUGCUUCGAAUUCUUACUCAUCAAAUUGUUCAGAACCUUGCUGUAGAUUUAUGUUAAAACAUACUCCACAAGUAUUUCAUUAGAUUCACAUGGAUUAUAAUUUUUCAUGAGAAAAAAGUAGAGAUGGUGAGGAAUAAUUAGUGAAGCGAAAUUUUAUCUACGGGGGAAUUGGGAAUCUGUCUUUUGUGCAGACAUGUUUUGGGCUUUUGAUUUUUUCAGCUCUACUGCAGAAUAGUCUUAAAGUAUUCAUUCAUAUAUGUUGGACAAAAAAUAAAGAAGAAAGUUGGUGUAUAACCUAAACGACUCUAAGAAAGUAUUUGAAUUCCUAUCAUAAUACUGUUCAUUAAAAAAAAAAACCUAGGAACCCGCUGCUCAGUGCUCCCCAUCUUUUAGCAGAAUCUAAAUUCAUUUGUUCAUCUAAAUAUAUUUUGCCCUUUCAGAGCUGCAGUAUAAUUUUGAUAUGACAUGACAUCAGUUACAAUUAUGGUAGGGUGGAAGUACAUGCUUCUUCUAAAUCUCUAGCGUAGAAGAUGGAACAUUUUUUUAGCAAAAAAAAGUCUCUGUACAUUUUUUCUUUUGUUGUAUUGAUACACUGCAGUAUUUCACUACUCGUCCUUUUGAAUUGAUGGACACACCCUUGAUUUGAAGCUGUGUGGAUAAAACAUGCAAAAUUUUCCGUCUAUGGUGUAAGGACAUCAAAUUAUGUAGAGUGCGAGAUUCUGUCUAUUGUGAUGGACAAUGUUUCUGCUGAUGCAAUCAGAAGUUGCCAUAGUAAAGAACUUGAACUUCCGAUCUGAUGUCGUCUACCCAUAGCUCCCUGCAUGGGCUUAAUGAUAAUGGGGUUCGCCCUGCAAAAUCCCGUAUAAUAGCAAGGCGAUAGCUCUAAUUAUGUUUUGCUUGUAGGUUUUUAUAUUUUUUGCUCACUAAUUUAGUCUCUUCAGAUCAUUUAAGGAGGGUUAAGUAGGGAAAUGAGUAUGGUUAAUGGCUUAAAUAGCAGAUGCUUUGUGCAUAUCACUAAUACAAUUUUUUCUGCUGGCACAAUUUUGAAAGAUCUCUUGCUUCAAAUAAUCUGAAAGUGUUGAAUUUCAAUAAUCAUCAAGACCAAGAAGCUAUGGAACUGUCUUCACGGGUAAGAGCACAGGAAGGGGAGAUUCAACUUCUUCGUCAACAAAUUGCAGUAGCUUGUUUGAAGGAGUUGCGACUAUUGAAUGAGAAGUAUGCAUUAGAGAGGAAGUUUUCAGACAUAAGAAUGGCAGUUGAUGAGAAGCAAACUGAAGUCAUUACGUCUGCCUUCAAUGAGUUGGGAUACAGAAAAGGGGAUCUUGAAGAGAACUUAAAAUUGACUAAUGAAUUAAAGGCUGUGGAUGAUGAGAGAUAUCUCUACAUGUCAUCAUUGCUUGGGCUUUUGGCAGAAUAUGGUAUUUGGCCACAUGUCAUAAAUGCCUCUGUUAUAACCAACAGUGUGAAGCUGCUUCAUGAUCAGUUGCAGCGAAAGAUCAGAACUUCGCAUGAUAAAAUUGGAGAACUAGCAUCUCUUGCUGAAAAUCAUUUUGAGGGUGGAUAUCAAUAUCAAAGAAGAGAGAAUACUGAUUUGAAGUUUUUUGAGAGUGGAUAUCAAUAUCAAAGAAGAGAGAACGCUGAUUUGGGAAAUGUAAAAUACCAACAUCCUCCCAAAGCUGAGCAUUUGGGAACAACUGAAGAUGUGUUUACAUCUAGGGUACAAAAUAAAAUUCCAGGAGCAGCAGACUUUAUUCUAAAACCCGAAAUGUACCAACCUGUGAACUAUGACAAUUCUCCAGACCCUUUAUUCUAUGCUGGCAGGGAGGUGCCUGGUGCUAUUACCCCUCCAGUUGAUGAUGAUGCCGUGGAAAUGCAACGUUAUAUGACUGACGAGAGAUAUAACCACCCUGUAACAGUUGAGGGACCCAGCAUCGAGAAUUUUCAAAUAGUCGGUGACGCUACACCAGGGGGCAGACUUCUUGCAUGCGGAUAUCCUACUCGAGGGACUUCUCUUUGUAUAUUUCAGUGGGUUUGGCAUCUUGAGGAUGGCACAAGGCAGUAUAUUGAAGGAGCUACAAAUCCAGAAUACGUUGUUGCAGCUGAUGAUGUUGACAAACUAAUCGCGGUCGAGUGCAUACCAAUGGAUGACAAAGGCCAUCAGGGGGAACUGGUCAAGCUUUUUGCUAAUGAUCAGAACAAAAUAAAAUGUGAUCCGGACAUGCAAUUGGAGAUUGAUACAUAUCUUUCAAAGGGACAAGCCACGUUUAAUGUCCUAUUGCUGGAAUAUGGUGCUUGGUGAUUUCAACACUUAAAAAGAAAGCAAUAUAGAUCGAUUCGUCCGAGAAUUGGGAGCCAGCAUCUAUUUCUUUGAGGAGGUCUGGUUACCAAAUUAAGAUGGGAAACACAGAAUCGG